AUGAUAUCGCAAGUUAGCAUUUGGGACGAAAAUAAAAUUUCACCAGAAAAGAACACUUGUAUAAAAACAAAUGAGUGGCAUAUCGAUAGAAAAGGAGCAUCGUACAAAAGUCUAUACUCUGGACGCACAACCUUUCUAUCGAUGGCCCUUGUUGGAGCACUGUUGGCAGGGAUCGGUCUGGCGGUAGUGUUGACACUUUAUUUGCAAACGCCAUCUAAUCAAAGUAAAUAUAGUGUUUCACAUCAUCAUUGGCAUCGACAACAUUAUCAAUAUCAUCAACGUCAACAACGUCGACAACAUCAUCAACGGCAACAACGGCAACAACGGCAACAACAUCGACGACAUCGACGACUACUACUACCGAUGUCAACUGUCAUACAUGCUCUGCGUCAAGCUACAGUGGAUCCUGUAACUCUUGUACCACUACGAGCAAUGGUUGUGUCAUCACUUGCCUCUGCAAUCCGCAAUCGGGGUCAGCCAUCAACACAUCAAUAA